AUGAAUUUGAAGUCGAGUGAAGCCGAAGAAGUGGUGAAAGUGGAAGCGUUUGACCACCACUUCAGACAAACCAUAUGCGAGACUCGCAGUCAUUAUCGGUCGGGAAGGAGACCGACAGCAGUCAAAGUGUUCACAAUCAGCGAUGAAUCCAAAUAUCUUCUCAUACAAGGAGUUCCGGACAUCAAGAGUGAUGUGAAACAAGAACUCUUCAGAUUAUGUCAACCAUUUGGUCCAAUUGAUGGCCUAUUUCUCGCCGAUUAUCCGCAUUGCGAGCCAUUCACGAAAUUCUUCGCCAACGCUGUCAGAGCCAAGAAGUCUUUGGACGACCGAAACUUUUUGGGAUCCAUUCUUCACGUGUGUUACGCACCAGAGCUCGAGUCCAUCGAUGAGACCAGAGAUAAGUUGGAACAGAGAAGAAGAUAUGUGUCUUAUGUGCUCAACAAGGAACAAUCAAAGACACCAUUGAAUACAAGUGGAAGCACUGGAAGCGAAUCAAUUGUUAACCAAACGGACGCAGUUGUCUCUAAUGAAUCCAAAUCUAUUGUAGUUCAUGACAACAAAAACGAGACAUCAAAACGAAAAUAUAGUCAAAUUAAGAGCAGCUCUUGUGAUGAAAGUCACAAAACAGAAUCCAUUUCAGAGCCAAAGAAACGCAAAUUGCAUUUGAAAUGCGUUCACAAUAAUUGCAAUUUCUUGGCGUCGAGACAAACAGAACUCAUUUACCACAACUCCGAACACUUCGGCAUUUUUGUCUGUCGGGACCCGAAGUGUGUGUUUAAGGCCAAGACUGCGGUCGCUCUGAACGCACACAUGAGAAGACACCGCAAAUCAAAGUCAAUGAAAAGUUUGAAGUCGAGUGAAGCCGAAGAAGUGGUGAAAGUGGAAGCGUUUGACCACCACUUCAGACAAACCAUAUGCGAGACUCGCAGUCAUUAUCGGUCGGGAAGGAGACCGACAGCAGUCAAAGUGUUCACAAUCAGCGAUGAAUCCAAAUAUCUUCUCAUACAAGGAGUUCCGGACAUCAAGAGUGAUGUGAAACAAGAACUCUUCAGAUUAUGUCAACCAUUUGGUCCAAUUGAUGGCCUAUUUCUCGCCGAUUAUCCGCAUUGCGAGCCAUUCACGAAAGUAUAUCUCAUUAAAUAUAAGUUCUUCGCCAACGCUGUCAGAGCCAAGAAGUCUUUGGACGACCGAAACUUUUUGGGAUCCAUUNAGUCGAGGCAACGGCUAGAGAAGAGGCGCACAAAUUCAUUAAAACAUACCAAUGAAAACACUUUGAAAUUAGAGUUUCAUUCCCCACCUCCACCUCCAGCUCUACCUCCACCUCCAUCUCCAUCCCUACCUCCACCUCCAUCUCCAUCCCUACCUCCAUCUCCAUCAAAGACUCCAUUGAAUACAAGUGGAAGCACUGGAAGCGUACCAAUUGUUAACCAAACGGACGCAGUUGUCUCUAAUGAAUCCAAAUCUAUUCCAGUUUAUGACAAGAAUAAUGAGACAUCAAAACGAAAAUACAGUGAAAUUAAGAUCAGCUCUUGUGAUGAAAGUCAUAAAACAGAAUCCAUUUCAGAGCCAAAGAAACGCAAAUUGCAUUUGAAAUGCGUUCACAAUAAUUGCAAUUUCUUGGCGUCGAGACAAACAGAACUCAUUUACCACAACUCCGAACACUUCGGCAUUUUUGUCUGUCGGGACCCGAAGUGUGUGUUUAAGGCCAAGACUGCGGUCGCUCUGAACGCACACAUGAGAAGACACCGCAAAUCAAAGUCAAUGAAAAGUUUGAAGUCGAGUGAAGCCGAAGAAGUGGUGAAAGUGGAAGCGUUUGACCACCACUUCAGACAAACCAUAUGCGAGACUCGCAGUCAUUAUCGGUCGGGAAGGAGACCGACAGCAGUCAAAGUGUUCACAAUCAGCGAUGAAUCCAAAUAUCUUCUCAUACAAGGAGUUCCGGACAUCAAGAGUGAUGUGAAACAAGAACUCUUCAGAUUAUGUCAACCAUUUGGUCCAAUUGAUGGCCUAUUUCUCGCCGAUUAUCCGCAUUGCGAGCCAUUCACGAAAUUCUUCGCCAACGCUGUCAGAGCCAAGAAGUCUUUGGACGACCGAAACUUUUUGGGAUCCAUUCUUCACGUGUGUUACGCACCAGAGCUCGAGUCCAUCGAUGAGACCAGAGAUAAGUUGGAACAGAGAAGAAGAUAUGUGUCUUAUGUGCUCAACAAGGAACAAUCAAAGACACCAUUGAAUACAAGUGGAAGCACUGGAAGCGAAUCAAUUGUUAACCAAACGGACGCAGUUGUCUCUAAUGAAUCCAAAUCUAUUGUAGUUCAUGACAACAAAAACGAGACAUCAAAACGAAAAUAUAGUCAAAUUAAGAGCAGCUCUUGUGAUGAAAGUCACAAAACAGAAUCCAUUUCAGAGCCAAAGAAACCCAAAUUAAAAGAGACGCCAAAGAUUCGGUGGAGGAAGUGAUGACCAGACAUAUCAAGUCAUAACGAAUGCAAACAUAUUUGAGUUGAUAACCACUCUGUGAUCAUUGAUGAGACAUUGCAGUCAAUUCAAAAAGUUGUGAAUCAGUGGUCAAAAAAAUGAUCGUUUUAUGCAAAAGACCCAAAGACUGGAGACAAACACUUGCGGCCAACGCUUUCGCCAACUUUUUAUUAGCGCUCGAAACGGAGGGCUGGUAUUCAACGCCUCCCAUAAC